CAAAACCAAAUAGGAAGCUGACAUUCCUGUACUUGGCCAAUGAUGUCAUACAGAACAGCAAAAGGAAAGGACCAGAAUUUACGAAAGACUUUGCUCCAGUAAUAGUGGAGGCUUUUAAGCAUGUUUCAAGUGAGUCUGAUGAGAGUUGUAAGAAACACCUUGGCCGAGUGCUCUCUAUCUGGGAAGAAAGGUCUGUUUAUGAAAAUGAUGUAUUAGAACAACUUAGGCAAGCUUUGUAUGGAGACAGAAAGGUGAGGAAGCGCACAUAUGAACAGAUAAAAGUUGAUGAAAAUAACUGUUCACCUCGAAGUUCUCCCACUGACCCUCCACAGACCACAGAUCUCAUUAGAGCAUUACAAGAACUAGAAAACGCUGCCUCUGGGGAUGCAGCAGUUCAUCAGAGAAUAGCUUCUUUGCCUAUAGAGGUCCAAGAUGUGUCCCUGUUAGACAGAAUAACAGAUAAGGAAUCUGGAGAGCAACUUUCCAAAAUGGUAGAUGAUGCAUGUAUGUUGCUGGCGGAUUACAAUGGCAGGUUGGCAGCUGAAAUAGAUGAUAGAAAACAGCUAACUCGAAUGUUGUCGGACUUUCUCCGAUGCCAAAAAGAAUUCCUUGCAGAGAAAGAACAUAAGCUGGAAGUGCGUAAUGUUUUGUUUUAG